UUGAUCAACAAACACGUGAAGUCGUCCUCUUUCGCUACUAGUCACGGUACGCAGUACUGUACAAUACUUCCCAUCAUCAUCAGUAGUGCCAGCCCCGUGUCUCGAGAAAGAAAACGAGGAUCGAGACGAGCUAGACGACGUUCCCCACCACCGUGGGUGACCUGGACAAACCAUCGAAAUCAGCUUUUCUUACGACUUUUUGAUGAGCUUUCUGCGGCGGCUAGGUGAUGGCCUAAACCGUCUGCGCCAUCGUACGACAGCAGCGAAUCUUAUAGGAAAAGCGUCGGCCAUCCGACCUCGCCCCGACCAGGAGUUUCUACUCUACCAGAAAACGCGGCUGCCCUGGUGGGUGAACUGGACUUAUGGAUUGCUCGGGUUAAAUAUUGUCUUUACCGCGUCAACGAUGGACCUUGUGUGGAACAACUGGACAAAAUUAUCCACAGAAAAGCCGGCUUAUGCUACUGAUGAUGACGACGACGACGACGAGAAGGACCGCACACAUCGUAUCCUCCGGUCAACAUGGGAGCGAUUUUCCGUCGCUGCCUUGGUUUUCCUGUCAGGUUGUGUUACUACAGCUGUGGUCAUGCAAAUGCGUUCUUCAUACGUCCUCACAUUCGAUAUCUUGGCUGACCAUGGACAACGCAAUCUAUUCCUCCAGACCAUUCGAACAGGUCCAGCCAAGGGCCUCUCCUUCCCCUUCAAUAAGGCCUACUUGUUACCUGGCCGGAGCAAAACGGAGUUCAUGAUCCGUGUGGAUGGGAAGCCCACGUGGUGGUACAUCUCAUUGGAUGACAACUGCUUUAUUGCUGGAAAAAAAGUUUCCCCACAAGAGGCUCGCGCAACUAUUGCGAGUACGUGGGGAUCGAAAAGGGUUUCGCAGGAGAUUGCAAACCCCUUCUUGAAGCGGUAGCAGAGGUAGUAUAUCUUGAUGAAAAUCAAGCACUCGUCACCUAUCACGUCUGCUAUAUCCUCAACAGCAAGAAUCUCAAGAAAAGUUCCGAUGGUUUGUAUGAACAUGUUCUUCUGCCUUUGUUCUACGACAUUGCGAAGAUAAUGUUGCAGGUCGCAGAGCUCGAAGCCCGGAGCACAGGUAAUACAGAGCAUGAAUAGUUUCAAUGACAGUAGAACAGAAGUGUGUCCGUCGUUUUCAAUAGACGACAAGCUGAAUUUGCGAUU